CACCUGGGCCCCCCGCAGCCGCAGCAACUUGCGCCGGACUUCCCCCUGGCCCACCCCGUACAAUCGCAGCCGGGCCUCAGCCCCCACAUGGCCCAGGCCCACCAGCACAGCGGCGCCCUGCACCAGUCGCUGACCCCGCUGCCCACCCUGCAGUUCCAGGACGUCACAGGUCCCUCCUUCCUACCUCAGGCCCUGCACCAGCAAUACCUCCUGCAGCAGCAGCUCCUGGAAGCCCAGCACCGCAGGCUUGUCUCACAUCCCAGGCGGAGUCAGGAGCGUGUGUCUGUCCACCCCCACCGCCUCCACCCCAGCUUCGACUUUGGCCACCAACUCCAGACGCCUCAGCCCAGAUAUCUGGCUGAGGGAACUGACUGGGAUCUCAGUGUGGACGCCGGCUUGAGUCCUGCUCAGUUCCAGGUGCGGCCCAUCCCUCAGCACUAUCAGCAUUACCUAGCAACGCCUCGAAUGCAUCACUUUCCCAGAAACUCCUCCUCCACGCAGAUGGUCGUCCAUGAAAUCCGAAACUAUCCUUACCCUCAGCUUCACUUCCUUGCCCUCCAAGGACUGAACCCCAGCAGACACACCUCUGCGGAGCUGCUGCAACUCGAGGACAGGCUGGGAAAUGUGACUCGGGGAGCUGUACAGAAUACCAUUGAGAGGUUCACCUUUCCCCACAAGUACAAAAAGCGAAGACCCCAAGAUGGCAAGGGCAAGAAAGAAGAGGGGGAGGAGUCAGACACAGAUGAGAAAUGCACAAUUUGUCUGUCUAUGCUGGAAGAUGGAGAAGAUGUGAGGCGCCUACCAUGUAUGCAUCUCUUUCACCAACUGUGCGUGGACCAAUGGCUCGCCAUGAGCAAGAAAUGCCCCAUCUGCCGGGUGGACAUUGAGACACAACUGGGAGCCGACAGCUGAGGGAGGAAUUAGCCAGUGGAUGCCCCAUUUUCCUUCACCAGGUCCCCCCACGGCCAUAGCCCUUGCAGCCAAACUUUGCCUUCUGAGCCAUUUGACGUAGAGGAAAAGCCUGCAAGCACAUUUAGUGGAAAGAGGAGUUGGUGGUAUCAGUGUCUGAGGGAAAGGAGGGGUGGGGGGAGAACCCCCCCCAUCCAGAAUGGUGACUGCCCCCAUCCACCUCGCUGCGCGGGAAGGAGGGAGCUGGCCGUGCCCAGAGCAGGGGUGGGAAGGGGGGGCCCACGCUGCUGAGAAUCUAGGUGUGAUCCUGAAGGUCCUAGCUGAUAGACCGGCCCCUCAAUCCUGUCCUUUGAAGGAUUGUAUAUAUACCUCUCGACCACGUAGAAACCAUGUAGGGGUCUCUAGCUAUUUCUGUGGAUGGCAGCCGGAGCAUGUUAGCUUAAGAAAAAUGUUGUGUGUGGUGCUCUAGUCAUCUUGUGGUGGACAUGUCGCUAUUACCGAAUUCGCACCAAAUAUUUCUCAUUGAGUUUCUUGUUUUGGUGCCUGACUGAACCAACCAACGACAGCCCAAAUCUUCCCGUCUUUAGGAGAGAAGAGGAAAAAAGGAAACAGGUGAAAAAAAAAAAAAGCCAAAUCC